AAUCUGGCGCACCACCAAGUUUGUCCAUCUAGGUCUAGACAGAUCUCAGGUAAUAGCAGAUGGGCCAGGAGUGGCCUGUAGGGUUUUGUUCAGAGGAAGCCUCUCUUCCUGCAGCUGCAAGUGUCUGAAUUUUCAAACACUUUUCACAUUUUAAUUUCAGCUGAGGGAAAUUCAAGGGAAAAUGCAUUUUACACAAAGAUAGGAAAGAACAAUUUAUAGCCACUUGUUACUGGUUUAUUACUACUGAUUCCAUAACUUAGUAACAACUUUUGAGCUCUUCCAUGUGCCAGGCAUUGUGCUAGGCCUGUUCUUCAGAACGAGGAGGCUCCUCUGCCUUCACAGAUACAGACGCUGAGGCCCGCGGAGGUUAGGUGUCAGCUGGCAAAGCUAGGGAGGCUCAGGCAGGAAGUAAGUCCCGGUCUUCUGCGAGGCACGUGUAGAUCCUCCUGUUGGACUGACUCCGUACUGGCUGGGAAACAGGAGACUGAAUUCAAAGGGGCCCGUUUAGUCAGCUGAGCCAGUGGGCUUCAGUGUCCCCAUCUGUGAGAUGGGACUGCCCCGCCAGAAAAGAGGGUGGCAACAGCCUCGGGCGGCGAGGAGCGGGAAGCUUUGGCGCGGGUCUUCUGCCAGCCAUGGGGAAGAAGGAACAGAGCGGGCGGCAGGGGGCGGGUUUGGCCGGCCCUGCCCUGCCUUGCCCAGCCCUGCCCUCCCCUCCCCUCCCUGCCGCGCCCUCUUCCCUCUACUCGCUCCUGCAGGGCCUGGGCGGCCAUGGCGCUCGGGCUCGCGGCUCUGCGCGUCCUGCUGGGUGGCUUCUUUGCACUAACCGGGGCAGCCAAGCUUUCGGGGCAGAUCUCGGCUCCCGUGUCCCAGCAGAUGAAAGCCCUGUUUGUGCAGUUCGCUGAGGUAUUCCCGUUGAAGGUGUUCGGCUACCAGCCGGAUCCCAUGAGCUACCAAGAGGCUGUGGGCUGGCUUGAACUGCUGGCUGGGCUGCUGCUGGUCCUGGGCCCACCGAUGCUGCAAGAGAUCAGUAACUUGCUUUUGACCGUGCUCAUGAUGGGUAAGGGGGUGCAACUGCGCUGGGGAAAUGGGGACUUCUGGCAGAGGGUAAUAGAAGAUCUGGCUGUUCCUUUACUGUUGUCACCUUUUUUUUUUCUGGAACCAGGAACACUCCCCGCUCUACUAUAGUUUCCAUGGUCUUUAGACUAGGACAGGUGCUUUUUAAACUUAAGAUACUGUAACAUGAUUCUGUCUCAAACAUACUUCCUACCUCAUUGAUUCAUUUGGCUGCAGGGUAUCCCCAUGGUGAGGAUGUCUUGUAACUUAAAAGCCCCUACCCCUCUCUCCUCACCCCUACCCUUGAGGUGAGGGGAUGAAGUAGCAGGUGCCGUGGAGUUAUGUGUCUGGCAGGUGGGAAAGCAAGGAAACGGGGGUCCCUGAACAGAAAGGCAGAGUAUUUCCCUGUGACAGGCAGUUCUAGAGGAACCCCUCCCAGCAGCUCGGCGCACACAAACUGCUGAUGUACAAUGACAGCUGCUGCUUCAAAGGUCAGAUGUCUUCAGCCUUGUCUGUAUCCCCUCGUCUUGUGUCACCAUUGCCGUCACCACAGCCACCCCUUUCCCAGACCUUCUUUUCCAUCUCUGGAGCUUUCCUCAUCUUCAGAUCUUUCCCAUAUCUACACCACUAACCCCUGCACCGCCUCCUCUCCAGUAGGAUUAAGAAGGGAGAAGGAUCAGAAGUUGUUCUAAAAGGCCCGUCUACCUACCUCCCCGUCCUACUUGGCAGGCUUAUUCCUCUUUCUUUCUCACCCUCUGAGAGUGGCUACAUUAGUUCAAGGGGCCUCUGAUUCUUGGUUCUGUUCUCUUCUGGAGGCCAGAGAGAUGAGUGCAACUAGUUUAGGGUGUGUGUGUGUGUCUGUGUAUGUGUUGGGGGGUGGGGGUGUUGAAUGGGAGGGUUUGAGCUAGAGUGGGUCAGGGAGUCUCAGGGACCUCACUUUCCAUUCCAGGGGCUAUCUUCACUUUGGCAUCUCUGAAAGAGUCACCGAACACCUACAUCCCAGCUAUCAUCUGCCUGGGGCUCCUGCUGCUGCUGGAUAUCUGCCA